UGAACAUCAAUGUAAAGCGAUCAAGCGAUAAGAAGUUGCCAGAUGAAAGGACCCGGGAUGCUAAUGCCUCAAGAGGUUUCCUCUCAACUCCUGGCCAAGGUCAACGCAACAAAAAACCUAGAGAUAGUUUUGCAGUCAUGCGAUCACGAGACCAGAAACACUUUGUUGGCAUCACACUUCCUCCUAAAUAAGCCUCUUAUUAAGAGAUUUUUUGGAAUGAUCUGAUGCUCAGGAGCAAAUGAAAGAAAGGUCAAUACUAAAAACCCCAAGAUCGAAGUUGAUGAAGGAUUCGAAAACCUUGCAAAAGAAUGAGAUCCAGAAGCAAUUUCGACUCCAAAUGUAAUAAAUGAUAACAAGAACGAAGAGAAUAAAUUUGAAGCAGAUAAUUCUAAAAUGUCUCUAUUCUACCCAAACCAAGGAGAAAACAAGAAUAAGAAGCUGAAGACUAAAUAAGAGCAAUUUGAAGCUCCCUGAAAUAGACUCGAAGGCAAAGGCUAAGGAAAUCCUUGGAGUUGCGAGUGGGGACACUCUAAGCAUAGCUCCUCCUCCAAGCAAGGAGGCAAAGAGCCUACCUAAAGAAGCAUCAAACUAAACUGAGAAAGCCAGUGAACAUAGUCUCUAGCCACACAAAAUCUUUUAUCUAC